AUGGCUUCUGAGAGAGAACCUACAGCGGCGGGCGCUGAUACUUCUGCGCCUGCUGAGACGACAAAUGCUGCUGGUGAACAGAACGCGCCCGCUGCUGAUGCUGCCAGCAACGACGCCUCUUCCGACGACCAUGUUCGCGAUGAGAAGGUCGCUGCAGGCCCAACCAAAUGGCAAAAAGUGAAGGGCCAUUUCUGGCGAUACAAAUGGUGGUACCUCUUACUUAUCGUUGUUCUUCUCGCCAUUUUAUUGCCACUACUCUUCACUGUCAUUAUUCCUGCAAUCGUCCAAGACAUUCUCAAUGACCAGAAACUCCCAAUUUACGGCGGCGCUUUACAAGUUAUUUCUCCAUCCGAAGUUAACAUGAGUAUCGAGACGCAAUUAAAGACGCCAAUCGCUGCGACUCUCAAGCCAAUGGAUCUCUUGCUUUACAGCAAGGAGACGAAGCCCGUGUCCUCAUUCUUGAAGCUCAAAUUCCCCGAGGUGCACAUCAAGAGUCACACUAAUGUCACCGUCACCAACCAGACCCUCCUGGUGACAAAUGAGACUGAGCUGACAAAGUGGUUCAAUGUCUUCUUCGACAAACCCGAUGCCGAACUGUCGUUGGAGGGGAAGCCCGAGAUUAGGCUUGGCUCCUUGAAGUAUCACCGGAGUCUGAAAAAGACUGUCGACAUUGCUUCUCUAAACUACCUUGACGGCUUUGCGCUCAAGAGCUUAGACUUUGAUCUGAAUUCUAACCGCACGACAAAGAGCAACAUGAAGGGAAUGCUAAAUAUCCCCAACUCUGGAGUCCUUCGACUUGGUCUCGGCAAUCUGACAUUCAACGUCAUGUCGGGCGACAUUAGACUCGGACUCAUCAACCUUUGGGACUUGCAGCUCUGGCCUGGCAAUAACUCUGUUCCUUUUGACGGAAACUUCUACUUCGACCAGCUGGUACCCAAUCUGUCAGAGAUCCUCGAUAUGCAGAAGGGACCUCUUGGCAACGGCUACCUAGAGUUUAAUGCAACAGGAAACACCACCAUUGCGGGUGGUCAGCACAUCAAGUACAUCGAAGGAGUCUUGAACAACAAGCAUAUCAAAUUCACCUUCCCGGUGAUCACUCUGCUGGGUGAUGUCCUUGGUGGCUUGCUGGAUGCUAAUCAAGGCUCUCUUCUGGAUAUCUUUGGCACUUCGAUCGGAAACUCGACGUUGCUUGAACACGUACUGGGACACUGGGAUAAUAAUACCAGUGAAGGGGGAUCUUCUUCUAAUAAUACUGCAAGGAGCCUGACGGAGAGGAGCAAGACCAGAGCACCAAAGGCUUGGAUGUGGAGUCUUCUCAAGUUGGGUCUGACGAGAAGGAGUUUAUGA